AUGGCUAAGAGAAGUAGAGCUGCAAUUUUACCAAGUAAUAUCAUCCUAUUGCAGAAUCUGGUGAAGCGUGAUCCUGAAUCUUAUCAUGAAGAAUUCUUACAACAAUAUGCUCAUUAUGAAUCAUUAAGAGAUAUUUUCAUUUUAAAUAGUACUACAGGCGCCGAAACAGCACCAGUAGGCGAUGGAUCUACGAAUGUGGAAAACAGUUCAUCAUCCAACAAUGAUAGUUCCACUACUCAAUUAAUGGAAUUAAUUGGGUUUGUUUCUCAAGUUUGUUCCUGUUUCCCUAAGGAGACUGCUAAUUUCCCAAACGAAUUAAAACAAUUAAUUUUAGAACAUCAUAAAUCACUACCAUUUGAACUAAAAGAAAAAAUCAUUACAAGUUUAAUGAUGCUAAGAAAUAAGGAUGUAUUGUCAGCCGACCAAUUAAUUCAAACAUUAUUCCCAUUAUUAAUUGCAUAUUCUUCACAAGGUAAUGCCUUAACUAUUAAUUCACAUGCCCGUGAAUUACGUAAACUAAUUUAUGAUAAAUUGAUUUCAUUAUUAAAGAGUUGUAAUACAGGUUCUAAGAAUCAAAAACUUAAUAAAUCUACCCAAGCAAUUUGUUUCAAUCUUUUAGAACAACCUGAUUCAUCAGGUAUCUGGGCAUCAAGAUUAACAAGAGAAUUAUGGAGACGUGGUAUUUGGGAUGAUUCUCGUACCGUGGAAAUUAUGACACAAUCUGCUUUACAUUCAGAUGUUAAAGUUGCAAUGUCUGGUGUUAUGUUUUUCUUAGAUGCUGAUAGAGAAAGAGAAGAGAAUUUCGAAGAAAAUUCCGAUGAAGAAGAUGUAGAUUUAGGUUCAUUAAGACAUAAGAUGCAAGUGAAUAAGAAAUCUAGUAGAAGAGGUAAAAAAUUGGAAAGUGCAUUGAAAACAAUUAAGAAGAAGAACAAGAAUAAGAAUGGAUCCACAAAUAAUGGCUAUUUAAACUUCAGUGCAUUCCAUUUAUUAAGGGAUCCACAAGGUUUUUCUGAAAAACUUUUCAAUAAACAUUUACAAGGUAAAAAUGGUAAUAAAUUCACAUUAGAACAAAAAAUUUCUCUAUUACAAUUGUUAUCACGUAUGAUUGGUACACAUAAAUUGAUUGUAUUGGGAAUUUAUACAUAUUUCUUAAAAUAUUUGACACCCAAACAAAGAGAUGUUACUAAGAUAAUGGCUGCCAGUGCUCAAGCGUGUCAUGAGCUGGUUCCACCAGAAACUUUAAAUAUUUUGGUGCGUAAAAUUGCUAAUGAGUUCGUUUCUGAUGGUGUAGCCAAUGAAGUCGCAGCUGCGGGGUUGAAUACUAUUAGAGAAAUUUGUUCGCGUGCACCUUUAGCCAUCGAUGAAACUCUAUUACAAGAUUUAACUGAAUAUAAGGGUUCGAAGGCUAAAUCUGUGAAUAUUGCUGCCAAGUCAUUGGUUUCUUUAUAUAGAGAAAUUGCACCUGAGAUGUUAAGGAAGAAGGAUAGAGGUAAAGUUGCAUCUAUGGAACUCCAAGAAUCUAAGAGAAAUAAAGAUCAAACUACCAAGAAACCUCAAUUUGGUGUAGAGAUGAAUUCUGUAUCUGGAAUCCAAGGGAUUGAAUUAUUGGCUCAAUGGAAGAAAGAUCAUGAUACCAAUGAUGAAAACGGAUCAGAUGCUGAAAAUGAUGAUGCUAAUUGGGAAGUGGAAGAAAAUGAUGAGAAUGAUGAAAGUGAUGUGGAAGGUGAAUGGGUUCAAGUAGAAAGUGAUAAAGAAUAUGAUGUUAAUAUGGAUGAUAGUGAUGAAGAGAAUAAGAAAGAUGAAGAUUCUGAUUUGGACUUGAGUGAUGAUGAAGGAACAAAGGACGAAACUAAAGAGACAAGUAAAGCAAAGGAAGAAGAGGAAACUAUUAAGAAGAUGAACCCAGAAGAUGCAUUCCGUGAAUUGGCUUCCACACGUAUCUUAACUCCAGCAGACUUUGCCAAAUUACAAGAAUUAAGAACAGAAGAAGGUGUAGCAAAAUUAAUGGGCAUGAAACGUAUUAAUGAAGAAGUUGUUGACUCGGAUAGAUUAGUAGGUCCUGUUAAAUAUAAACAAACUCGUGAAGAAAAACUGGCUAAAGUCAUGGAAGGACGUGAAGGACGUGAGAAGUUCGGGUCAAGACGUGGGAAACGUGACGACACCCUGAGAUCCACCACCAAUAGAGAAAAGGCCAGAAAGAAGAAUUUCGUUAUGAUGAUCCAUAAGAGAUCUGUUAGAGGUAAGGCCAAGAUGUCUCUAAGAGACAAACAGAAAGUCCUGCGAGCACAUAUCAAAAAGCAAAAGAAGAAGGGCUUCUAA